UUUUUUGCUUUUCAUUUAUUUUUAUUUGCUAAUUUUUCACAUUCUUUAAUCAUUUACUUCAGGCGCAAAAAUCACCCGCAGCAUUGACAACAGAAUUUCACAAACACACAAUUCGAAUUAUGGCCGCGCCAUCGGUACAGGAGCAAACAAAAAGACGGAUAGAAAGUGCAAUGUCCUCAUUCGGACCAAAGAGGGCACGGCGAACCACAGCACGCACACCAUUGGCUCCGGCCACAGCAGCUUAUACAGGUAGUCUCGUCAAAUUCCGGCCGUGGAGCCACGAAGACCUGCUGGCACGUAUAUCCACAUACAAAAUCCACACAUGGCUGGUCCAGUCACAACGGCUGAGCCCUGUCAGAUGCGCGCGCAGCGGGUGGUGCACGGCGUGCUCGGCCAUUUUGAUUGCAGAGGUUCCAGAGGACUUGACAGACAGUGAGGAGACGCAGUGGCUUGAGCGGCUCGGCCAACAGCUGCAAAGCUCACAUAACGCCAGUUGUCCAUGGAAGGGCCACGAGUGCGCCGCCAGUGUUUAUAAUAUGCCACUUGCAACCUCACGAGAAACUGUAGACGAGGUGUGCCAGCAGGCGGCAGACAUGCUGGUAUUUAGCGCGCAGCUACCGAGCACCAAGCACCCGCUCAGCGCGUUUCAGACAAACUUGAUCCGCGAUCUCAACCCCAACGCAGAAUCAGUUCCGGAAGGCAAUCAGGUCAUCUCAUCAUUGAUUUUGGCGCUUUUUGGAUGGCGAGUAGAUUUGGCGAUGCCGCGACCCGCGAUAAAAUGCGAACUGUGUUUUCGCUCGGCUGGCCUGUGGCUGUUUGACAGCAACUCCAGCAGCAAAAGCGGCGACCAAGGUAUUUCCGGGGCGAGCAAUACUGGCGAAUCAGAUCUUCGAGUGUUUGACGUGGUCAGCGAGCACCGGUCGUUCUGCUACUGGGCCCACGGGCCCAGCCUGGAUUUUGAGGAAGCUGAUGACGCCAGCGAAUCAUGCACAUCAUCGCCAACUCAUCAAACAGCAGUCGAAUCGAUGGCGGCACCUCAACAUACAGCCACUGAUGCAAUUCCUGGGUGGCAGAAAAUAGUAGCGUCACUUUUGCGCGCAAAGGCGAUGGGCUUUGUCGGUGGGGGUGGCAGCGGAAAAGACAAGGGCAAGAGAAAAUACGGCGGAGCCAGUGGCAGCGGCAGCUCGGAUGAAGAUACCAGCAGUGACUCAAACGACUCUAGCAACAGCGUCGAUGGCGGGGAUUCUCGCGAAGCAGUUUUAAGUGACCACUCAGACAUUCUAAAGCAGCUCAAGGCAUUCAACAUUUCGGCAAUAUCGUCGGCGGCAAAGGCAUUUGGAAUACCGUUUAGCACGGGUCUGCUUGCCAGGGCGGCCAAAAGACUGGCAGCAGCGCAUCAACUGGAAGACACACAUGCGACUAUAGCAACCGACCCGGUAUUGGGGACAGCUGGCAGUGUGGACGACGGCUCGUCGUCAAUAUUGCUUGCGGAGCACAUUGGAGAUCACCCUGGCUGGAAUGCCGAUGGCUUUGUGGGCCUGGCACACAUGGGCAUGGAUGCCGCUGAGUUAGAGGAGGAUGCGGGCGCUCAUGCAGAUGAAUACGACUUUGGAUCCGCGGCGUAUAGCACUGAUAUCGACGACAUUCCUGCCCCCAUCGACACAAGCGGGCUCGAGGCUCUGUUGGGCGACAGUUCGCUUGCUGCAGCUCUUGAGGACCCCUCGCGAGCGAAUGCGAUUCUAGAGUACAUCAAGGGUCUUAUCCGGGCCAACAACGAAGCAACGACGUGAGCUCUGGCGACAGACCGCUUUAUCACGUGCCAAAGCCCAAUGUGCCUCGUGUGUAUUGGAUUUGAAUGAUAAUUAACUUUUCCUUUGUUUUUUUCAGGCAGAGUAACACCAGUCUCAG